CCUAAACUUCCAUUUGUAAAAUUAUCAUCAUUUUCUACGGCGUCGCUGCAAUUUCUCGUAAGGGCGACAGAAAUUCAACUUUCCGCAAUGAUGCGUCUCAAUACAUUUGAUAUUGGAUAAUAGAGGCACAAUGUCUCGGAAUGCCGCUCCUUCGCCAUCGGCGCCACGUCGAGCAUCACAAUGGACUUCGCAUUUGCGAAACUUCAGCAAGUCCAGCUUCGACAGGACUUCGGCCGAAUCCCCCCUAUCCCCAGAUGAUGUCUCUGUUCGUUCCACCACCCCUCGAGAACAGUUGCAUCCCAAGCGAGUAAAUGAACGAAUAUGCUCUGUCACUAUCAAUGAGUCUGUCAUUAGUGAUGAGGUCCUCCUGAACCUUGACCUAUUUGGAGGAGCUGUGCAGCCUGGAGCCUUGAUGUCCAUCGCUCCCAUAAAAUCCGACCAGGAUAGGAUGCAGGGGUCCCAGUAUAGUACAUCGAGGCAGCCGUCUUAUCACCGAGCAUUCACGGCUACUACCCCAAGCGAUGACGUUCCCAAGUCCGAGAUUGAUGCUGGCCGAAGAUAUGUCUUUGUCGCAAAGGAUGUGCCCAAGGAGCUGAAAGCUAGACAUCCUAAUAUAGAGGUGUACGUUUCGAAACAGAUUGGUGUCGCCUUCAAUAUGAGAAAGGGAACCCAAGUCGUACUUGCCCCGGUCGAUAGCCUUUCGCCUGCCGUCGAAGCCUCUCACGUUGAGCUCACCUUUAAAGAUAUGUACCUGUCCCGUGCGGAUAUGUGGAGACUUGCAGUUGCCGAUUUAAUAGAUCGGACUGUAUAUAAAGGCCAAGUAGUAUACUUCCUGGGAACCAUUAAGGCAACCGUCAGCACCGUCUUCGUCGAAGGCCGCAAGGCCCACUCUGCCUUUUUCAGCCGCAACACUCGCCCAAUCUUCCGUAGCGAAUGCGCCAGAUACGUGUUAUUCAUACAGAUGGCACGAGAAAUGUGGGACUUUGACUCUGACGGUUCAGGUGAGAUUAUGUUCUACAAAGUUGUGAAUGGAUUCUUGCCAGCCCUCUUCAAGAAAUGGGCCUUGAUGCAAGUAAAGCAUCUUGUCAGUAUUGUACUUUUUGCGAGGGUUGAGUAUGACACUGGGUUGACCACCGAGUUUGCAAACUCAGCUCUUGACAAUGAUUAUUAUACUGGGUUCCAAACGUCCGGAGAGAGGCGUCCAUUUAAGGAUUUUUACCGUGUUGUCGUGAGCGAGAUGUCUAGUGGCGAGUGGACUAAGAUACUACACCAACUGAAGAUGGAGUUUAACGUCUUCCGUCGUGAUAUUAGCCUUCAUCACCGAAAUGCCAUGGGUCACGACACGGAUGCCCCCGAGGAUUCCUCGGUGAAGGGCACUUCCUCUAGUAAGAUUAAAGCAGUGUCCUCUCUAGCCAUGUACGGAAAUUUUCUCGAAGCUAUCAACUUGGCGUCUUCUUUGUAUGCACAUGAUUAUAUAGAUCGGGACCUUCUGCGGACCGGCAUUUCUAUAGUGGUCAUCAGCCCAGGUCCGGGUGUCUUUGAAGUCGAAUACGAGUCUUUGCGUCGGACGACAGAAGCCCUAGUUGGCAAUGGAAUUGGUAUCGACUUAAUUUGUAUUCCGAACAUACCGCUGCAUUCCGUCCCUUUGUUUCGUUAUCGAAAUCCUCAUUUUCUCGAGGCGCACCGAAGAUCGCAACCCCGGCCGGUCAGGAGUCCCGGGAGCACACCGAAGCAGCCUACGCUUCUUGCCAGUAGUUAUACGACUUUAGGCGAAUCUGUAUCUCCCACAAAAGCAGCUGACUUGGCCAGCCGUGUUGAUUCAGCAAGUUCUACGCUGUAUACUGAUGAGUGGGCCUUUGCAGUUCCCCAGUGGUUACAUAUCUCCUACUGGACUGGGAAGUCGGAAGAGACCUUAUCCUUUCAAGGUAUCACUCUGUCUGCAUCGAGCCAGUCCCCCAGCGACUGCCAAGAUGAUUUUACGAUUCGAUGUAGACUCUACGACCUCCAGAUGAGGAGCGUGCUCGAGACUAAUGAGAUCGAGACUAUACCCUUACAUGCUGAUUCUGCCUAUCCAAAUACUAUCGGCAAAUUCGAAAGCGAAAAAGGACUUUUAGGUGGCGACGGUCGUAUAUCGACGUCUGUAGGGAAUCGGAAGGUACCCGAAACAUUGUUCGAGCCCGUCUAUGGUUUCCUCAAGUUCAUCCCGGACAAGUUGACAAAGGCUGGGGAAACAUUAUUAUGGAAGCACCUACAGAAUUUUGACGAAGCCAGAGCUCGGCUUCCGGCGCAUCGGCCCUUACCCCCGAACCAUCCCUAUCGAGAACUAGAAGAAAGCACAGGUAGACUAGUAGAAGUUGUCGACCUAUUCGGCACUUCGGUAGGAGAGAGUAGAAUAGCUGGGUCGUCAACCGGGCUUUCUUCAAGUGUGGCAUCAUCAAAUAGGGCUGGAUUGGGAGGUUUUAUAUCUACUAAUGUUUCCCGGCGUAACUCUACAAGUCAACCUAAGCCGGCACCACCACGACCGCCAAAGUUCAUGAGGCAGAUUAGUCUUGGUCAGCGUGGAUUUGGUAUCGCGGCUCCUAAACUAGCGACAGCUGAGUUAAGAACGGAGAACGUUACUAGAACGGAAGCUCCCGGCUCCGGACUCCAGACCCCCUCAGCCCCUAAGAUAACUCCCAGAACAACCCCUAUGACACCCAUUAAAUCUACAGCACGACCAAGCUCUUCGAAGGCAGUAAGCACCGGGAGCAUCCUACAGACCAUUGAUCAAUCGGAUUCUACGAUGGACUUUACGCAAGCAACACCAAGCCGCCCUAUUCAAAUUAGGAACCCUAUGCAAACCCUUGAUCCCAUCAGUACACUAAGGUCUGGCCAGAUACCAGCUACACCUAUUUCUAGAAGCGCACGACCUGAUGAUCGAGACUUGAGAUAUUCGAACGCUCUUAGAGAGGAGGACCAGAAAAAGCUGUAUAAUUCGAAGUUACGAGCAGGAGGAGUGCCGGAAUUACCCUCUACGCUCUCGCCUACUACCGCUAUGGCACCAUGGUUAGUUGUUCUUAACCCGUCGAAUCCGAAUGUGAACAAGGUCGACGAUUCGAUUUUGUUUAGCCGGUGGCAGCACGUGUUCCCACGGCCAUCCGAGAUGAAAGUUAUGAAAUGGAAGUCCUUAUCAUACCCUGCGGCCGUCCCCUUGACUACAGAAUACUUCCCAACGCAAACACAGUUCAAUACCGAAUACCAACGACAGCCAUACAACAUCUCCCAAGAAGUAGAAGAUGAAAAUACGGAUCAGCCUAGGUCACGUGUAGAAUUUUUGCGAGAACUCGUUAGUGCCCGUUUUGCGCAUGGAUUUCAAGUCGUGAUCGGUCCAUCGGUAGCUAAGGCGUUUGAUCAAAAGGCUGUGAGAAUAGCGGACGUCUUCUCGAUAGACAAAACUGUCGGCGAUGGGACAAGUAUCUUCAUGAGCAUUGGGAACACGAUUCAUCAACUCUCGUGUGUUAACGGCACCGAAGUUGAAGUUAACAUUUACGUGCGGAAACCGACCGAGUCAUUGUCGCAAAUUGAUCAGCCGUCCCUAUAUAGGCCCGCUAUUCAGACCCUGCUCGACGACACAUACCAUACCGUCAACGUUGAUAUCAUGACCCCAAAACCGGAGCGUAAUUGGAAUUAUAUAGAUUCGUAUCUUGCCGGGCACACGGACGAGAUGACAGAAAACCUCAGGUUUUGGCGGGCACGUUUCGUGCUCAUACCAAUGUAUCCCCGGACAUCCUCAGCUCCAGUGGCACAGAAUGAAGAUGACGAGGAGGAAGUGCGCCUGGAGGGAAUUAAAAGACUAGCUCAACUCUGGCAACGGCAUCGGUUCUUAUCACCUUCGGAACGCCAGUUUCAAAGCUCCGGUGCGAGAAAGCGAGAUCCUAACCCUCUUGAUAUUGUCUACAAGACUGAAGACCCCUCCGUAGUAAUUGCCGCCGAGGUGGAGACGUUGCCACUAUUCGAGAAUGUCGAAUCGAUAAAUCGCAAGGGCUUAGUGUCUAACAAGGAACGCUUCUCAAAAUCCAACUUCAACGUCGCUGCCCUGGCCGAAGCAAUCCAACAGCCGGUCGAACUAGGUGGAAUUCGAAUGCAAACACGACGAUGGCAUUUUCGGAUCCACUAUUACUGUUUUAUUGGAUCAGAUAUGACGACCUGGCUGCUUGAUAAUUUCGAAGACCUCGAGAGUCGAGAAGAGGCGGUUGAGCUUGGAAAUUCUCUAAUGGUCCUUGACGACGAUAAGUCUAGAGAUAGGGAUAAAGAUACUAGCAGAGACGCAAAGAAGGAUCGUGACCGAGGGAUUUUUAUCCACGUUGAGAGGAGGCACCCCUUCCGUGAUGGCCAAUUCUUUUAUCAGAUUGCUGGCGAAUAUGCGAAACCCCAUCCCCAGGGUUGGUUUAAUGCGAGGAGACGAGAUGUAUCUGUCCCCUCUACGCCCCUAUCGGAGAAUCAGUCGAAGGGUUCACCUCGACCCAAUCAAGUAGCAGCACAAAGACCAUUAUCAAUUCAUGAAGAAAACUUACCAGUCUCGGGUAGUACAACACCUACUUUAGGGACGACAGGCGGGAAGAAGCCUAAGGUUGUUCUUAGCAAAAUGAUGAAAUACGACGUCGAUCACCGCAAAAAGUCUUAUCGCCCCGAGAGGAUCAAUUUACAUUAUGAUAGACUUCACAAUCCCGAUAAUUGCUACCACAUUCGUAUCGAUUGGAUGAAUGUCACGGCGAAGCUCAUCGAAGACGCCCUCAAGUCUUGGGCUGCGAUUGCAGCGCAACACGGCCUCCGCCUUAUUCAAGUACCAAUUGCAGAGGCUUUUCGUAUCACAGAAGUCAAUCCAUUCCGGAGACCCUACCGUAUCAAGCUUACACGACCGCCUCCCACCCAGCGUCCCAUGACAUAUUACGACCCUAACUCUUUCGGACCACAAACACAGCCAGGCAAGUUCUACUAUCAAAAGGCCUUACUGCGAAAGUUCGACUAUGUCCUUGAUGUUGAGGCUGCCUCCAAUUUUCCAAGCAAUGUGGAUGUUAGCUAUUCUUGGGGCAAGCCUGAUUUCAAAUAUUCCCAAUAUAUUCAUCGCUCAGGCAUGACAUUAGUACAGAUCACCGAUGAGGGUGAUUUUUUAAUUCUAGCAAAUAGGUUAUGCUGCAAUCGGGCAGCAAUUUCCCAACCCACUGCAGCGCGACCUGAGGCAACGCCAAACGACCGCAUCUCUCGCCUUGCGAGUGCGAGUGUAUACACAAAUUAUGGUUUAGCCGAACCCACGCCCAUUGCAUCGCCAAUGUUUAGGCCCGCGCUCUUUGCGCCUCGAGCACCGCCUGAGCCAUUACAUAGCACCGUGACAGGCGGUCCUAAGGACCCCACAGCACCCGCCGAUUAUAGUCUUGGGGAGCCCGAGGCCCUCAAGGACAAACUUGAAGCGUUCUGUAACGAUUCAAAUGCCCUUGAUGGGUUUUACAAAGAAACGCUGGAAAGGGGAGUGACUGGUACACCUAUGGCCGGAGCAUCACUUGGUCCCGAUACCGUACCCGAUGCGAACAUCCCAACCCUCGUUCUUGGGGGCAAUGCAGAACUAGGUACCGCUGCUAACCCUAGACCGGCGCCUAACCUAGCAGGCUCGCUACUAUUUAGGCGAGGAAGUAUUCAGUAUUAAGAAAUUACAGCCUAAGCAGUGCUGGCCUUGCGAUCCAAUGCUCCUUUCUCGGUAGGCUAGGUACGAAAAAGGAGAUAGGUCCUCUGUCCGAUUCUGCUUGAGAUAUCUAGAGUUUAGUUACCUCCCGGAGGGUUGUCGAGAUAUUAAUCAUUCAGACCUACAUAUCAGCUCACCCCAUCACGAAAUGGCAGUGUCUGACGCCAGGAAACAGGUGCUUAUAUCACAUAAUGUAAUACUUCCUCUCUUGUUUGGCCUUUUCUGUAAUCAAUAGGAAUAUUUAACAUCCUGAUAUAUGCUUACACGCGUAUAUGCAGGACUAAGCUUCUAGAAUAGCCGUGGGAGUUGACAGGCGGUGAGAAGUUGAUCACGACAGAUCGGUUCUCCGUAAACGACUUGGCGCAGCAAUAGGAUCUUUGGGACUACUACUUUCCCCAGCACAGCCUCAUGUCAGUUGUUAAUUCGCCAUCCCCUGGAAAGCUACGGCGACUGGCUUCGCCCUGUUCGUAUGUAAGGCACCAGGUCCUCUUGGGUUCUUCCGGAUGCAUUA